AAAAAGGGGGAGGCUGCUGAUAAGUGCUCUUUCCAACUUUUCCACAAAAUACAGCGCUGGUUUUUGUAUAUAUAAAAAUAUUCCAUUUCAAGAACCAAACGAACACAACAAUUCUCCUACUCUGAAACUAGCGAACAUUCAUUCCAACAAUAUGAGUGAUCUUAAAUCCAAGUUUUUGGAGGUUUACUCAGUAUUAAAAUCUGAGCUUCUUAAUGAUCCUGAUUUCGAGUUUACUGAUGAGGCUCGUCAAUGGGUCGAACGGAUGUUGGACUACAAUGUACCUGGAGGAAAGCUGAAUCGGGGGAUCUCUGUUAUUGAUAGCUACAGUUUGUUGAAAGAGGGGAAAGAACUAACCAGCGAGGAAAUCUUUCAAACAUCUUCCCUUGGCUGGUGCAUUGAAUGGCUUCAAGCAUAUUUCCUUGUUCUUGAUGAUAUAAUGGAUGGCUCUCACACACGCCGAGGUCAACCGUGUUGGUUCAGAUUACCGAAGGUUGGCAUGAUUGCUGCUAAUGAUGGCAUACUUCUUCGUAACCACAUCCCAAGGAUACUGAAGAACCACUUUAGAGGAAAUCCUUAUUAUGUCGAUCUUCUUGAGUUGUUUAAUGAGGUGGAAUUCCAGACUGCCUCUGGACAAAUGAUAGAUUUGAUUACUACACUUGUUGGAGAGAAAGAUUUAUCAAAAUACUCAUUUCCUAUUCAUCGGCGGAUUGUCCAGUAUAAAACUGCUUAUUACUCAUUCUAUCUCCCAGUGGCAUGUGCACUUCUUAUGGCAGGAGAGAGUCUUGACAAUCAUGUUAAUGUCAAGAACAUACUUAUCGAAAUGGGAAUCUAUUUCCAAGUUCAGGAUGAUUACUUGGACUGCUUUGCUGACCCCGAGGUGCUGGGUAAGAUUGGCACGGAUAUUCAAGAUUUCAAGUGCUCUUGGUUGGUAGUGAAAGCCCUCGAACACUGCAAUGAGGAGCAAAAGAAGUUAUUAUAUGAGAACUAUGGAAAAGAUGAUCCUGCUUGUGUUGCUAAAGUUAAAGCCCUUUACAAUGAUCUCAAACUUGAGGAUGUGUACCUGGAAUAUGAGAAGAAGACGUACGAAAAGCUGAUCAACUCUAUUGAAGCUCAACCAAGCAAAGCAGUGCAAGCAGUUCUGAAGUCAUUUUUGGCAAAGAUAUAUAAGAGGCAGAAGUAGAAACUCAAUGAAUUACUGAAUUUUAAUGUUUAAUGGUUAGCAUUAUUUGUGUUUCUUCCAAUGGAGAAGAUGUGUAUGUAUUUCAAGGGCAGAGCUAGAGUAUUCCAUACGGCCUAUGGGUUCGGUGGCAAAUUAAAAAUCCAUAAACUUCAAAUCGGGCUCCGCCUUUGUGUAUUUCAUGGAUUGUUCUACUUUCUUGUAUGGCUUCCAUGAUCUUCUAUUUUAUUUUCCAAUAAUACUAUCUCCGGUCCAUUUUAGUUGU